AUGGAAGAGGUGUAUACAGAAGAAAUAUUGGACGAAGAGUUGUGUAAAGAAGAAAUAUCGGACGAGGAGUGGUAUAUGGAAGAGAUGUAUACAGAAGAAAUAUUGGACGAAGAGUUGUGUAAAGAAGAAAUGUCGGACGAGGAGUGGUAUAUGGAAGAGAUGUAUACAGAAGAAAUAUUGGACGAAGAGUUGUGUAAAGAAGAAAUGACGGACGAGGAGUGGUAUAUGGAAGAGGUGUAUACAGAAGAAAUAUUGAACAAAGAGUGGUAUAUGGAAGAGGUGUAUACAGAAGAAAUAUUGGACGAAGAGUUGUGUAAAGAAGAAAUAUCGGACGAGGAGUGGUAUAUGGAAGAGAUUAGAGAUGUAACUUAUACAGAAGAAAUAUUGGACGAAGAGUUGUGUAAAGAAGAAAUGUCGGACGAGGAGUGGUAUAUGGAAGAGGUGUAUACAGAAGAAAUAUUGGACAAGGAGUGGUAUAUGGAAGAGGUGUAUUCAGAAGAAAUAUUGGACGAAGAGUUGUGUAAAGAAGAAAUAUCGGACGAGGAGUGGUAUAUGGAAGAGAUGUAUACAGAAGAAAUAUUGGACGAAGAGUUGUGUAAAGAAGAAAUGUCGGACGAGGAGUGGUAA